CAACUCUACUAGAUUUAUUUCUUUUUAUCUCACAACUUAAAAUGUUUUCCAUCUUUUGUAUUAUUUUGCCGGUUAUUAGCGCGCUCAUCACUGUAUAAUGAAUGAUACCAAACUAGCAGUAGAUACAUACUAAGUAUCAGCUGCUCUUCUUAAUAUCCCGAUAAAUAUCAAGUGGUAGAUAAUUUCGACAAUAAGAUAAGAGGUAGUUACAUUUAUAUUUAUAUCCGAGGAUAAAUAAAUGUCAGUUAACCAUAAGUGGUGUACUUCGAAUGGCAGAGAUGAUUAGGUACGCCAUACUACUGGUUGUUUUGGCAACCACAGCCGCAGCCAUUGACAAAACAGUCUUCAAAAGCUGUUCCGAACGACCAUUUUGCAAUCGUCUCCGUAACUAUGUGGUCGAUGAUAAAUCCAAAUACUCAGCCGAUGUAUAUUCCGCAUCUAUCAAAGACAACAUACUGACGGUACCUUUGAAGAACGAAAACGGCAACAGCUUGAACCUGCUUGUCUCUAUGUUCGAAGGCAACAAAAUAAGGGUUAAAGUUGAAGACCCAGAUAGCAAAAGAUUUGAACUUGGAGAUAUCGUCAUCAUCGAAGAACUAAAAGAGUUACCAUUGGUGAGUGACACAUUGGAUGGUACAGAUGGUAGCCUAUUAGUGACCCCUAAAGAUGAGUCUCUUCCUUAUAAAGUGGUUAUUGAUGCAGGACCACCCCUAAAUAUAACUUUCUACUACGGCGGAUUGAAACAAGUUGUUCUAGAUGGUGAAAGAUUAGUGUAUGAAAGCACUGAUGAAAGUAAAGCAUUUACUUUCAAAGCAGACUUCCCUGAAGCGAACAGACUAUACGGGCUAUUGGAUCACGCUUGGAGUUUGGCUUUGGGAGAUACCAAUAAUGGUACUGCUGAAUCUGGAGAUCCGCUCCGUCUUAGAAAUUCUGAUUCUUGGGGCUACGAAGCCAAUUCUCCAAUGGCCCUGUAUGGAGCCAGACCAGUAGUCUACGGUCAUUCUGCAAACAAAACCUCUGGUAUUUUCCUACAUAACGCAGCUGAACAAUGGAUAGAUGCUUCUUCUGGAUCAGAGGGCAAGGACCCAUCAGUUUAUUUCAUCGUAGAGAGAGCAGCGUUUGAUCUAUUCAUACUUCUAGGGCCUACUCCCAAAGAAAUCGUUAGGCAGUUUACAGGACUAACAGGCAAAGCUCAUUUACCUCAGAUCUGGGCACUCGGUUACCACCAGUGCAGAUUUUCCUACAAAUCCCAAGACGACGUAAAAGACGUAGUAGCUCGUUUGGAUGAAAACGAUUUUCCCUGGGACGCCAUUUGGUUAGACGGUGACCACACAGAUGACUACAAAUGGUUCCACUGGAACCACACCACUUACACUGAUCCCGUUGAGCUACAACAAAACAUUUCUGCUACCGGAAGGGUCUGCGUUUCAAUUUCUGAUCCCCACAUCAAAGUCGACGAUGAUUACGACGUCUAUGCCGGAGCUAAGGGCAAAUACUUCACCAAAUGGGCAAACGGAAGUGAAUAUGUUGCUGAUUGUUGGCCCGGAGCAUCCAGCUGGAUCGACUAUUUGAACCCUGAAGCCGCUGACUAUUACUCGACUUGGUUUUCUUUUGAAAAAUUCAACGGUAGUACUCCAACGUUGGCUGGAAUCUGGAACGACAUGAAUGAACCUGCUGUAUUUGAUGAUAGUACAGAAAAGACCAUGCCUUGGGAGGUACAGCAUUAUGGAGGUGUCGAACACGGAGAUAUUCAUAAUAUCUACGGUCUUCUUCAUGUCAAAUCCACCCACAAAGGUCUAAUGGCUAGAGACCAAAAUGCAAAACGUCCUUUCGUUCUAACCAGAUCCAACUUCGCAGGAUCACAAAGAUACGCUGCUAUGUGGACCGGUGAUAACAGCGCCACUUGGGAACACUUUGCCAACUCCAUUUCUGAAUGCAUGAAUGCCAAUAUGCUGGGAAUGGUAUUCUGUGGAGCUGAUAUCGGAGGCUUCAUCGGCGAUCCGUCCGACGAACUUUUACAAAGAUGGUAUCAGGGAGCAGUUUGGACUCCUUUCUUUAGAGGACACUCCAGCAGAGAGAGCAAACGACGUGAGCCAUAUCUAUUUUCCAAAGAUGUUCAAGAUGUCAUCCGAAAUGCUUUAAGACUGCGUUAUCAACACAUUCCAGCUAUCUACACCCUCUUCUACGAACAUACAGUUACAGGAGACCCUAUUAUCAGCCCACUCUACUAUCAAUACCCACGAGUUAACGACAGAGAUACUCAAACAAUGAUUGGUGCUGAUAUAAUGUCAGUUGCUGUCACCAAACCUGGUGUAAAAUCUGUCGAAGUCUAUUUCCCUGGUGGCUACUCUGACACUGAUCCCUUCGACAAACAGACCGACUUCUGGUAUAGAGCUGAUCAGAAGCAAUUCUCCCAAUAUAGAGCUGGACUAGUUGAACAGAUAGAAGUGGACAUCACUAGCUCGCCAGUGUUCUACAGAGCUGGAAGCAUCGUCUUCGUCCUUGAAACCCCCAGAAAAUCAGCAGUUGAGGCCAAGGAUGACUUCUACUCGAUAUAUGUCAACGUUGAUAGAAGGAAUUCAGCUAAGGGUCGUCUAUACAAAGAUGAUUUGUACAGCUUCAAUUAUCAAAAGGACAACUACUUCUAUAGUGAAGCCAAGUGGAUUCCAGGAUCUGAAAAAAUGUAUAUGACGACAAUUAGCGGUACACCCGAUCAAAGCAUCAGAGUAUUUUACGUUAAAGUUGUAGUACAUGAACUACUAGAGUCUGAAACAGGUGAACUACAAAUCAAGAAAUCAAUGUUUACGAAAACUUCAGGUGGAAUUCCUCUUCAUAAAAUUGAUAUAGCCAAAGCAUUAAGAGAAGGAAAUGGAACAUUAGAACUCAGCUUUUAAUAUAAUGUUGUAUUUUGUCAAUAUUAUAUGAGCUUCUAUUAUUUUUUACCAUAAAAUAUUCCAAAAAUUA